AUGGUUUUGAAUUCAAGGCCAACUAAGGUAAUGAGAUUGGAGGACCUAAUACAGUUAGUUCCAAACUGGCUAGAACUUCCAAAAGAUGUGACAUCAAAGAUACUCCAAUUGCUUGGUCCUGUUGAAAUUGUGAAGAAUGCACGUCGAGUGUGUUCUAUGUGGAGGAACAUUUGUAGGGAUCCUAGCAUGUGGAAGAGCAUUGAAAUGAUCAAAAGUCGAAAAUCACCAUAUAACUUAGAGAAGAUUUGUAUGUAUGCUGUUGAUCAAGGUUGUGAUCAUGUUGAAGAAAUUAAUGUUGAGUAUUUUGCUACCGAUGAACUCAUCCAAAAAAUAGCUGAAAGAACUACCAAUCUGCGACGCAUUCGGAUCUCAAAAUGCUUGAAAAUAUCAGAUAAAGCCUUGAGUGAUGCUGCCAAAAAGUUUUCACUACUUGAGGAACUUGAACUUUCGUUCAACGAAUUAAACAAAGAUUCUCUAGAAGCGAUUGGCCAAAAUUGUCCACAUUUGAAAACUCUAAAAUUCAAUAGAGCCUACAAAGGAAUUAAGUGUACAUCCUACAAAGGUUUCAAAUGCAACAAAGAAGCAUUUGCUAUUGCAAAAAUGUCCGGAUUAAAACAUCUCGAGCUUUGGGGAAACAAUCUCACAAGUGAUGGUUUAGUUGCUAUUCUCGAUGGUUGUCCUAACCUUGAAUCUCUUGACCUUCGUAUGUGUUACAAACUUGUUAUGUCUGAAGAUUUGGUGAAAAGGUGUUAUGAGAAUAUUAAAUAUUUUAGACAUCCUGGUGAGUAUAUUGAUGAGCACGAUGAUGAUAAGGAUGAUCAUGUUUUUGUAUUCCAUUGUGAAUGUCGUGAUAGAAUUUCGUUGAUGAAUGGUUUGACUAGAAGCUGUGAUCUUUUGAAGGAAAUUUGCAGGAGAAAUUUAAUAUUCUUGUUUGAUCAGUUGAGAAAUGUCGGCUCCCCCGUCAACAAUCAUCGUCUAGUCCUUCAGUUGAUCUCUGGUCUCCCAGAAGCUUACCGCAGUGUUGCUACUUUAAUUCGCCAGAGCAACCCUCUUUCUGCAUUCUAUCAGGCUCGUUCCAUGCUCACUUUGGAAGAAGCUGGUAUGGCUAAAAUGACAAGCACAGGAUCUCAUGCUGCCAUGCACACCACUCAGCCGAGACCUACUGAAGACACCUCUCAGCGUGCCAACCGCCGCCCAAACAACCGCUCUCGCUCCCGUGGAAACCAAGGCCGCGGCGGGGGACGUGGUAACCGCAGUGCACCUCAGACUGGAGUUCAUAGUGCUCCCUCACCUUGGUCCGCUCCUCCUUGGCAACAGCAACAACAGUACUCAGCCUGGCAACCAUGGGGUUGGACUCCACCACCAUGGGCUAUGCCACCGUGUCCGUAUCCCACCUCUCAGUGGACACGCCCUGCCGGUCCUCCUAAACAACCGGGCAUUCUAGGACAGCGUCCUCAAGUAUAUGCAGCUUCUACCUCAUCUCAGACACCGACAAACAUUGAGACAGCAAUGCACACUAUGUCACUACACACUCCUGACAAUCAGUGGUACAUGGAUACUGGCGCAACAUCUCACACGGCCGCAUCACAAGGUAAUCUCUCGUCUUAUUUUCCUGUAAGUAAUUCAAAUCAGAAAGUUAUUGUUGGCAGUGGCCAUGGAAUUCCAAUUCACGGCACCGGACACACACAAAUAAACACAUCUCACCAUUCCCUUAACCUUAACAAUGUCCUACAUGCCCCGAAAAUUAUAAAAAAUUUAAUUUCUCUGAGACGACUCACCACUGAUAACAAUGUUUCUGUUUCUUUUGGCCCUUUUGGUUUUACUAUCUCUGAUUUUCAGACGGGGAUCACCCUUCUCAGAUGUGAUAGUCAUGGAGAUUUAUAUCCAGUUACCAGUCCUCCCAGUUUUGCCGGUCUCACAUCCAAUCUUUGGCAUAGUCGUCUUGGUCAUCCUGGCGUGCAAACAUGUUAA